UUUUGCACUCCCACCCCUCAAAAAUUUUCAGCCGCCAGCAACCUUUCUUCCUCCCACGCACAGCAGCCAGCGCGCAGGGAGCUUCCCUGUCCAUGGCGUCUCCUCCCCUUCCUCGAGCAAGCUCCAGCGUGCGCGGGGGGCAGCAACCUCGACGGUCGGCCUCUCUCCCCUGCUGUCGCUCGCCCUACAGGGAUGGAGAGCAGCCGUGCGCUCCCUGCAGGCAAGCAGAACCUCCAGCCGAGCGCGCUCCCUGUCCUUCUCCUGGGCGUGUCCCCUGCUCCACGGCCAGCAGGAAGCCAGCGCCCCUCUGCAUCUCCUUCUCCCAUGGCGCUCGACGCUCCUGCAGCAAGGCCAGCCCCCAUGGCGCCCUUCCUCCUCGGCUCAAUGGUGUGGCCGAGCAGCAGCCUCUUCUCUCUGUUUCCUGUGCGUGCGCAGGGGCAGAAACUCCAUGGCCGCCGAGCUCCAUUCCUCCAAGCAGCAGCUCCCUCCAUGGCGCCAUUUCUCCCAGCCGGCGCCCUCAUUCCUCCCUGCGCAGCGCCCCUUUUCUUCUACCUCUUGCCGGCGCCCAGAAAUUCCAGCAGCGAGCAGCGCACGUCCUGCUGUCCAUGGCGUGCAGCAAACGUGGAGCUCAGCUCCACCUCUCCCCAUGGCUGCGAGCUCCUUUCCCUAGCUGCUCGGCUCCCCCUCCCAUGGAAACCAGCAGCCUCAUCUCCUCUCCCCAACCGAUGCCUUUUUUUUCCACCUCCGGCAGCAAGCUGCGAACUCCAUUCCUCCAUGGCCACAAGCCUUUCCUUGCUGCGACUCCUUCCCAAGGACAGCACCAACCCCCUCCUUCUCCAUCGCAGCAGCAUCAGUGCUUCCCUCGCCGCUUGCAUGCCACCCGCUCGAUGUAUUGCGCAGCCACAUUGUCGCUGCUCGUUGUCCGUCAACGCAGCCCCUCUGUUUUCCCCGUUGGCGCAGCGGCCCCGACGCCUCCACGCGCUGCCGGUUCCCUGUUUUAUAAAGCGCAGUGAACAGCACGCCGUCGACACUCGCCGGUUGUUUGCUGUUUUUGCGCAGCCCCGUCGUCGUCGUCGUUCACCCCGGUGAGACCGCGACGCUCCGUGUUCGAUUCCGCAUCGACAUUAUUUUCCUAUGAUUAAUUAUGUAUGUGUGCUGCUUUGUUUUAUUUUUAUGGAGGAGAAAACCCCGUGUUUGCGUGGAGAAGGCAAGUCGCUCGACGCUCGUCGAUGUUCGUAGCGAUGCACAAAUCGGAAUCACCGUCGUUCUUGCAAACGCCGAUUUGGGUUUGUUUAUGGUGAGCCGAUGCAUGUCGCUCUCGAUUAACUUGAUUAAUAAAUUAUAUAGAUGUGGUUGAAAUGUUUUGGCGGUAGGUCGUAAUAUGGUCGUGCUCAUGAUUUCGAGUUAGAGAUUGGUGGUCGUCGAUUCAUAGAAAUUGAUCGAUGCGGUGCGUGUUUAAAAAUUGUAUUGGUAUGGAUUGAAGUUUGUGGCGAAAGAAAAAGAAAGUAGAAAAGAACUCGGAUGUUUUUACAUUUCAA